AGUGCCUAAAAGUUAUUGAGAUUCUUGACGGAAGAAAUGGAGAUGAAGAUGUUUGUUUUAUUUCUCAGUGUGUGUAUUCUAGGAACAAGUAAAGGAAUGAAUCCAUGCGUGUCUGCUUCUGGAUCGAAAUGGGAAAGAUACAAUGGACAUUGGUAUUAUCAUUCUACUGAAAGUCUGAAUUGGCAUGGAGCCCAGAUGUACUGCCGACGUCAGGGUGGAAAUUUGGUACAUAUCGACGAUGCCCAGGAGAACGAUUGGUUAUCUUCAAAGUACACUGAAGAAUCCAUAUGGAUCGGAGUUACUGACGAGGCAACUGAGGAUAUUUGGCGUUCAAUAACCACUGGAGAAAAACCAACGUACACCAAUUGGUCGACAAGCAAUCCCGACAAUGCUGCAACGGGUCAGCAUUGUGGAUCUUUGAACUGGCCUGAUAAGGGGCGCUGGGACGACAACCAGUGCUCAAAAGAAUUCACAUUCAUCUGCGAAGUAGUAGGUUAUAGAGAGGACCCGCAGUCAUGUAGCAAUGUAUGUGCACAAUAAAAAUCUUCAUUGCAAUA